AUGUCUGAGGACAAUGACUCUUCCACCACUGAGUUCAUCCUCAUAGGAUUCACAGAUCAUCCGGAGCUGAAGGUCCUCCUGUUUGUCGUGUUCUUUACCAUCUAUCUUGUCACCAUGGUGGGGAAUCUUGGAUUGGUGGCAUUGAUUUACAUGGAACACCAUCUUCACACACCAAUGUACAUCUUUCUGGGAAACCUGGCUCUCAUGGAUUCCUGCUGUUCCUGUACCAUUACUCCCAAGAUGCUACAGAACUUGUUUUCUGCAGGCAGAAUGAUAUCUCUUUAUGAAUGCAUGGCACAGUUUUAUUUUUUUUGUUUUGCUGGAACUACAGACUGCUUCCUUUUGGCAGCAAUGGCCUAUGACCGCUAUGUGGCCAUUUGUAGCCCAUUGCGGUACCACACCAGAAUGUCCAAGAAACUCUGCAUUCAGAUGACCAUAGGUGCCUACAUUGCUGCAAACCUGCAUUCGAUUGUCCAAGUAGGAUUAUUGUUUAGGUUAACCUUCUGCAGAUCACAUCAAAUCAAUCACUUUUUUUGUGAUGUCCUUCCCUUAUACAGACUCUCCUGUGUUGAUCCUUAUAUUAAUGAUUUGAUGAUACUUAUCCUGGCAGGUUUAAUUCAAAUUUUUACAAUUACUGUAGUCAUAAUAUCAUAUUUUUGUAUUCUUUUCACUAUAUUCACAAUGAAAUCCAAGGGAGGAAGAGGAAAAGCUUUAUCUACCUGUGCAUCCCACUUCCUCUCUGUGUCCAUGUUCUAUGGCUCUCUUCUCUUUGUGUAUAUUCAUCCAAAUUCAGUGAGUAAAGGAGAUAAAGACAGAGCAGGUGCUGUGUUUUAUACACUAAUAAUUCCUCUGCUAAAUCCUUUCAUUUACAGUCUUAGAAAUAAAGAAGUAACAAAUGUUAUAAGAAGAAUAAUGAACAAUAGAAGGUUUUGA